UGUUCAGUUCAAAAAAAGUGCUGACAUUCUUUGGUUCCUUAAUUAAUUUAUUAUUAAUUGAUGUAAAUUUUCUUACAUUUUCAGCUUGAUACCACUUUGGGUUAGCCAUCAAUUACAUAUCAUUUUAACAAUAGUAAAGUCUCUGUUGUACCAGAUGUUGAACUAAUAAAUUAUUUUAUGGCUAUGUUUGCACUUCUAUUUUGAACUUGUGCUGUUAAAACCUUACAGUGUUGUGAAAAAAAAAGAAAUCAAUCAAUACCAACCGCCAAUUAAAACUGGAAGUAAACUUUCCCAUACCAUGAUAUCAAAACCCCUUCCUGUAGACUUCUGUAAUCAAACCGUUGAGUUGUUAAGUUAGCUUCAAGAAAGGUAUAUUGCUUAUUUCAAUUAAGCUUUGAAGUGAUGCCAUGGCUCACUUUGAUCUUACAUAGUGAAGACACGCUUGCUGAACGAUGAUAAGUUUGGCACUCUUAUCAGAGAUUACUUUAUUAACUGAGAAACAUAAAUGUUCUUUGUUAUUUUCAUAAGCCAAUCCUGUGAAAUUAACCUAAUUAUUGUGUAUCACCCCCUGGCUCUGUAAGUUGGCAAUUUGUAGAGAAAUAGCUUAGUCAACAUACGAUGGUUCUUUUAUUGAACUUGUGUUCACCUUUUUAGGGAAUUUGAGUUGAUUCAUCUUAAUGAAGUCAUCCUAUACAACUUCUGGUGACUGCAACUGGACAUCAACAGGCGAAAUCACAAGUCUAAGACUAAUCACAGCUGUCAAAACUCCCUAUUUGCCAGAUGGAAGAUUUGAUCUCGAAGCGUAUGAUUGUUUGUUAAACAUGCAGAUACAGGGUGGUGCUGAAGGUGUAAUAGUUGGUGGAACAACAGGAGAGGGUCACCUUAUGAGCUGGGAUGAACACAUCAUGCUAAUUGGGCAUACUAUUAACUGCUUUGGCACUAGAAUUAAAGUGAUUGGUAACACAGGAAGUAACUCAACUAGAGAGGCUGUUCACGCUACAGAGCAGGGAUUUGCUGUUGGCAUGGAUGCUGCUCUCCACAUCAAUCCUUACUACGGGAAGACCUCAACUGAAGGAUUGAUCUCUCAUUUCGAGGCUGUGCUUCCGAUGGGUCCAACUAUAAUUUAUAAUGUGCCAUCAAGGAGUGGCCAGGAUAUUUCCCCUGAAAUUAUUGAGGCAAUUUCAGGAUACUCAAACAUGGCAGGUGUGAAAGAAUGUGUUGGACACGAGAGGGUUAAGUGCUAUACUGACAAGGGUAUUACAAUAUGGAGCGGCAACGAUGAUGAAUGCCAUGAUUCUAGGUGGAAAUAUGGUGCUACUGGAGUCAUUUCUGUAGCAAGCAACCUUGUUCCUGGUCUCAUGUACAGUCUCAUGUAUGAAGGUGAGAAUGCAGUGCUAAAUGAGAAGUUGUUGCCUUUGAUGAAAUGGUUAUUUUGCCAGCCGAAUCCCAUAGCGCUCAACACUGCUCUGGCUCAGCUUGGGGUGGCAAGGCCCGUUUUCAGAUUGCCUUAUGUUCCCCUUCCUCUUGAAAAGAGGAUUGAGUUUGUCCGGAUUGUUGAAGCUAUUGGACGGGAAAACUUUGUGGGACAACAAGAGGCACGGGUUCUCGAUGAUGACGAUUUUGUUUUGAUCAGUAGGUAUUAAUAAGUGAGCCUUGAUACUCGUAAGUAUUUUGAUGAAUAAGACUUGUGUCGUGUUCAUGAGGAUUUUCAUACUUUUAAUGAAUAAAACUGUCUCGCGAUAUGAAUUGUUUGAUUUGGCUUA